GACGGCACGGGCCGGGCCGGGCCGAGCCGAGCCGGGCAGGGCUGGGCUGGGCUGGGCUGGGCUGGGCUGGGCUGGGCUGGGCUAGGGCCUCGCUGAGCCUCCCCGAGCCGCCCCGGGGCUGGGGAUGGGGAACGUGGAGAGCGCGGACGGGGAGCCGCUGUCCCGGGGCCCGGGAGUGGCGGUCGCCGCCGCCUCCCCCGCCUCCCCCGGGGGGCUGCUGGCCCCCGGGAAGAUGCCGAUGCCGGAGCCGUGCGAGCUGGAGGAGCGCUUCGCCAUGGUGCUGAGCUCCAUGAACCUGCCCCCGGACAAAGCCCGGCUCCUGCGGCAGUACGACAAUGAGAAGAAAUGGGACCUCAUCUGUGACCAGGAGCGGUUCCAGGUGAAGAGCCCCCCCCACGCCUACAUCCAGAAGCUGCAGAGCUUCCUGGACCCCGGUGUCACGAGGAAGAAAUUCAGGAGGAGGGUGCAGGAGUCCACCAAGGUCCUGCGCGAGCUGGAGAUCAGCCUGAGGACGAACCACAUCGGGUGGGUGCGUGAGUUCCUCAACGAUGAGAACAAGGGGCUGGACGUGCUGGUGAACUACCUGUCCUUCGCUCAGUGCGCCGUCAUGUUUGAUUUUGAGGGCCUGGAAGGCGGCGAGGACGGCGCGCUGGAGAAGCUGAGAGCCUGGAGCAGAUCCAUUGAGGAUCUGCAGCACCCCAGUGCCCUGCCUGCCCCCUUUGCCAGCAGCCUGGCCCGCUCUGCCCGCCAGACCGCCCUACGCUACGGGACGCUGCCGAGCCGCAAGGCGCUGAAGAACUCGCGCCUGGUGAGCCAGAAGGACGACGUCCACCUCUGCAUCAUGUGCCUGCGUGCCAUCAUGAACUACCAGUACGGCUUCAACCUGGUCAUGUCCCACCCCCACGCUGUCAACGAGAUCGCCCUGAGCCUCAACAACAAGAAUCCCAGGACCAAGGCGCUGGUGCUGGAGCUGCUGGCGGCCGUGUGCCUGGUGAGGGGCGGCCACGAGAUCAUCCUGGCGGCCUUCGACAACUUCAAGGAGGUGUGCAAGGAGAAGCACCGCUUCGAGCGACUCAUGGAUUACUUCCGCAACGAGGACAGCAGCAUCGACUUCAUGGUGGCCUGCAUGCAGUUCAUCAACAUCGUGGUGCACUCGGUGGAGGACAUGAACUUCCGCGUGCACCUCCAGUACGAGUUCACCAAGCUGGGGCUCGAGGAGUUCCUACAGAAGUCGAGGCACACGGAGAGCGAGAAGCUGCAGGUGCAGAUCCAGGCGUACCUGGACAACGUCUUCGAUGUCGGGGGGCUGCUGGAGGACGCCGAGACCAAAAACGUGGCCCUGGAGAAGGUGGAGGAGCUGGAGGAGCACCUGUCCCACCUGACGGAGAAGCUGCUGGACCUGGAGAACGAGAACAUGAUGCGGGUGGCGGAGCUGGAGAAGCAGCUGCUGCAGCGGGAGAAGGAGCUGGAGGCGGUCAAGGAGACCUACGAGCACACGAGCCACCAGGUGCACACGCUGCGGCGGAUGAUCAAGGAGAAGGACGAGGCUUUCCGGCGGCGCUACGGCUCCGAGCCCCCCCCCGUGCUGGGCGUCGAGCCCCCUCCCCAAUCCGAGCCCCAAGCUCUGGAUGAGGCCCCGAGGGUCCCCGUCCUGCCUCCCCCCGAGGCUGCGCCCCCCCCGCCGCCUCCUCCACCUCCCCUGCCGCCCCCUGCGCCCCCGCUGCCAGGCAAGUGCCCGCCGGCCCCCCCGCUGCCCGGGGCUUCUCCCUCCAUCGCCCUCACCGUUGGGCUCUCGGCCAUCCGGAUCAAGAAGCCCAUCAAGACCAAAUUCCGGCUGCCCGUCUUCAACUGGACGGCGCUGAAACCCAACCAGAUCAGCGGGACGGUGUUCAGCGAGCUGGACGACGAGCGGGUGCUGGAGGACCUGGACCUGGAGCGUUUCGAGGAGCUCUUCAAGACCAAGGCGCAGGGCCCGGCGCUCGACCUGGUGUGCGCCAAGAACAAGGCGUCGCACAAAGCCGCCAGCAAGGUGACCCUGCUGGAGGCCAACAGGGCCAAAAAUUUGGCCAUCACCCUGCGCAAAGCCGGCCGAGGCACCGAGGAGAUCUGCAGGGCCAUCCACACGUUCGACCUGGCGACGCUGCCGGUGGAUUUCGUGGAGUGCCUGAUGAGGUUCCUGCCCACGGAGGCGGAGGUGAAGGCGCUGCGGCAGUACGAGCGGGAGCGCAAGCCGCUGGAGGAGCUGGCGGACGAGGACCGCUUCAUGCUGCAGUUCAGCAAGGUGGAGAGGCUGCCCCAGCGCAUGGCCAUCAUGGCCUUCCUGGGCAACUUCGCCGAAAACCUGCAGAUGCUGACGCCGCAGCUCAAUGCCAUCAUCGCGGCAUCGGCCUCCGUUAAAUCCUCCCAGAAGCUGAAGCACAUGUUGGAGAUCAUCUUGGCUUUGGGCAACUACAUGAACAGCAGCAAGCGCGGCGCCGUCUACGGCUUCAAGCUGCAGAGCCUGGACUUGCUCCUGGACACCAAAUCCACGGACAGGAAGAUGACGCUGCUGCACUUCAUCGCGCUGACGGUGCGGGAGAAGUACCCCGAGCUGGCCACCUUCUGGCAGGAGCUGCACUUCGUGGAGAAGGCAGCCGCAGUGUCCCUGGAGAACGUCUUGUUGGACGUCAAGGAGCUGGGCCGGGGCAUGGAGCUGCUGCGCCGCGAGUGUGGGCUGCACGAGAACGGCGUCCUGCGAACCUUCCUGGCCGCCAGCGAGGGCAAGCUGGAGCGGCUGCAGAAGGACGCGCGGACGGCUGAGGACGCCUACAACACGGUGGUGCGGUAUUUCGGCGAGAGCCCCAAGACCACCCCCCCGUCCGUGUUCUUCCCCGUCUUUGUCCGCUUCAUCCGCUCCUACAAGGACGCGGAGCAGGAGAAUGAGACGAGGAAGAAGCAGGAGGAGGUGAUGCGGGAGAAGAUGCUGGCGCAGGAGGCGAAGAAGCAGGAGAAGCGCAACAAGUGGCAGCAGCAGGAGCUGAUCGCGGAGCUGCGGCGGCGCCAGGCCAAGGAUCACCGCCCCGUCUACGAGGGCAAGGACGGCACCAUCGAGGACAUCAUCACCGCUCUGAAGAGCGUCCCCUUCACCGCCCGCACCGCCAAGCGGGGCUCGCGCUUCUUCUGCGACCCGUCCCACCACGACGAGUCCAGCUGUUAGCCCCCAGCCCGGAGGCGCCGGAUCCGCCUGUAACACACCAGGGUCCCGCCGGUCGCCUCCAUCCCCUGGAACCCCUUAGGGUGGGGGGGGGACACCCCGGUGCCACCGUCCUCAUCCUCGAGGGCAGCAUCCACCCCUCCUUGUCCCCCCCCCCAAAAAAAAAAUAAUCUGGGGGCUUCUCCUCCCCCCCUCAAAGCCAAGCAGGGACCAAAUCCUGCUCCUGGUGCUGGGGGGGGGGGGUAGUGGAAGGGGGACAUGGGGGGGGGGCUGUGGGGUUGGGGGUCCCCAUCCCCAGGCUCUCAUCUCCCUGAAGCCACUGGGACCACAGUGGGGGGGGGGACAGGGGAUGGUGCCCCCCCCCCCCACGCUCGUCACUUUGACCACUGAUGAACACUAAUUGCCAAAAAUUAAUAAAAAA